AAAAUCCACAGUAUAGUUCAACAUUCUUAAAAAUGGUUCCUUCAAGUAAACUAGUGCUCAUAUCAAAUUUAUUUAUAAUCGUAUCAUUAUUAAUAAUCGAAAGUGAAGGAAAAAAAUACGUUGCUUUAAAAGAUGUAGCAAUUGGUGCCACUGUUAAUAGGCGAAAUACUGAUAGAAAUCAAACAAAAGUAUUGGGUAAUAUUAUUAACGACCUUGAAAAAUAUCCAGAUAUUUAUAAAAAAUUGACUGAAGUAAUUCAUUAUCCACCAAAAUGGGGGGUUAGACAAUUCAUCUGCUCGGAGCCGCUGAAUUCAGUUCUUGAUCCGGCAGUUCAUAUUGAUGAUUUUUAUUCUUGGAAUGAUAAUGGAAAAAAUCGUGUAUUCAAAUUUUUCGAAAAUGACUCUAUCAAUCGGGGUGCAUUUAAUAUUGACAGUAAAUAUUUGAACACUAAUUACACUUGUAUUUUGUUCGAGUUGUGUAAUAUAAAAGAAGAAAGAAUAAAAAAAAAUGUUAAAGUUAUAAAUGACGACGAUUUGCCAGCUAAAAAAAAUGAAAUUCAAUAUUUUGAGAAGUUAACCGCCAUUGUGAGGGCUAAGCGGGACGGUGAGACUCAUUAUAUUUCUUCAGUUUCUAAAGGAAAUUGUUUGGCACAGAUUUACAUUUAUAAAACGGAAGAAGCAAAGGAAUUUCGACAGCAUCUGAUCAAUUACCCAAGUAAGAAUCCCAUUUUCACUGGUCCCUUAAUCUCCGCAACAAAUAACACAGAACUUGAAACCUGGACUAAAAAAUAUUUGAAAGAUUUAAAAUCUUCACUUCUUAAAUUUGAAAGCUUUCAACCGAAAAAUCAAAGUGAUAUUUUCGAUCAUAUGGAAAGCGAUGCAGUCAGAGAUUUUGAAUUGAUAAAACUACCAGAAUUACCAGAUAAAUUGGUUGAGCCAGAAAAUGUACCAACUGCUAAAAAAUGGGCUUACCUGGUACCAGGAGACACUAUCAACAUAACACAAUUUAAAUUCGAUGAAGCUCUCAUUAUUUCAUCUCUUCCCAGAGCAGAGACAAUUGAAACAGAAAAUUACCCAGAAUCUGAUGAUGAUUAUCAAAAAGUAACUAUACGUACUAAAAUUGAUAGCGGAAAAUCUGCAUCAAAGUGCCCAUUUGAGAAGUUAAACAUUCGGGAGAGCAACCAUCUUGAUGAUCAUGAAGGCUUGGAGGCAUUCGACUGUUAUUUGGAAAAACAAGGCUUUGGAAUUAGUAAUGAGUAUCGUAAUGAGAGCUAUAAAAGAGUUGAAGUAAGAAUUUGUCGUACAGUUGGGAAAUUAGCCCUCCCCGAAUCAAUGACGGUCAUUAAUUGGAACAAAAAGUUUGAAGAUUUAGGUUACAAUGUUGUCAUUGAUGAAAAUGUUGUUCUCAGGUACCCCGUUGUUGGUGAAACGCAUUAUAUAUCUGCUGUUCAUUACGGUGACUGCUUAUAUCAGGCAUUAGUUUACGCAGCAGACAAAUUAGUAACAAACAAACCAUUACACGUGGGUAAAAUAUUGUCAGCAAGUAACACUAAAGAUCUCAUAACAUCGAUCGAAGGUUUGCUGAAAAAUAGUGAAAACCCGACAGUUGGCCUUUAUCAAAUUGAGACCAAUGCAACAUUGAGAGCUGAGGUCAUUAAAAAAUUGGACAAUGGCGUUGUACUGAGUAUCAAUAUGCGAUCAUUGUAUGCAAAACUUCCGCCACCUCAAGCAGAUUUGUCACAAUACAAGAGCUUCGGCAAUUCGUUACAAGCUUCCCUCAUGACAAUUAUCGCAAUUAUGGUGGUAGCUAAAGUCUAUACAAAUUAAAUUUAGUUUUUAAAGCAAGCGAAAUAUUUGUAUUCAAUAUUAUAAAGUAAAAUGUAUUAAUUUUAAUUAUUUUUUGUAAUAAAUUAAAAAAUUAUUUAAGACAAGA